AUGGACUUUUAUUUGUUCAACGAGCCGCCGAGCGACUACAAGCACGUACUAGACGAGCUCGACGACUUAGACUUUGAUUACAACCCCAACAGUGACUCUCCAGACAGUCGCUAUCCGCUCUUUUUCUCUACAAUCUCCCAAAUUUUCGCGCCGGCCUCCCAUUCCUUGCGCAAAUCCCCGGCAAUAAUCUCCGUGUCCAGGAAAAUGGCUGCGACUGCUGCGGCCGCCGUGUCUCCUUCGAGCUCUCCGCGUCUGCCCAGCCCUCCGCCUUUCACAGAAGUGCAAAUCGGGCCUCAGUCGCCCACGGUUGGAGAUAAGGGAGGUGAUGGCCAGCUCUUUGCGCCGCUGAUAGAGACGGAUGACGGGUCAACAAGAAGGAUUAGACCAGGUACUAAAGCUGCCGACAUGGCUUCAGGACCGCCGCUCGUGCCGUUGUCGCAGCUCGACUCUCCCUUCCAGCUUCAAGAGCAUCUCAAAGCUCUUUUUCAUAACUACACUAUGCCUAACGGAUCGACUACCAUCCAUCCGAUCACACACGAAGUCGCGGUCUCCCUCGCUCAUGCUCCCGAAGGCGUCGAACGAUCUUUAUGGCUCUACGAGUUGUGUCGCUUCUUGACAAUGAAAGUAAACAACCUUAUCAUCGCAUUUUUCGCCGAAGACCCUCCUUGUUCGCAACAAUCAUGCCCCGAAAUGCGCGCGUCGGAAUGGCAAUACCUUUGUGCCGUGCACGAUCCACCAAAGUCGUGCUGUGCGAUCGACUACUGCUGUCAUACCCUCGACUGGGCGACAAAUAUUUUGACCUCGCCGAAAUAUUUCCCCAGUCGGCUCACCCUAGGUUCGGAGUCUGGRGGGGGUCCGMAAGCCAGCAUGCGGCAUUUGACAAACAUAUUCCGUCGCUUGUACCGUAUCUUUGCGCACGCCUGGUUCCAGCAUCGAGAUGUCUUCCGUCAGGUGGAGAAUACAGAUGGUUUAUAUAUCUUCUUCAAGACGGUGUGUGACGUUUACGAGCUGAUACCACAGGAUAACUAUACUGUCCCGGAAGAAGCGGAGCGAUUAGCUACCUCUGACGAUACUCCCGAAGAACCACAGGGCCAUUCUAUUACGGCAGCAGUCCUACCGCCUGACAGCAACCGCCGAAUUUCAGUGCUACGGAAUGAUACAGCCAUCGCGGCGCCAGCCCUGUCUUCGGACACCCCUGUUGAUGCACAGGCUUCCUUAAAUGUGAGCACGGGUGCUACAACGAGACGACACAAACACAGUCCCUCAACAGGAUCGAGCGUAUCAACAAUAGCAGAAGUGACCGAGGAUCACAGUCCAGCUGCCAAGCUAGAACAGUCUUUACCCAAGGUCGAGGAAAAUGUAGAGGAUACAAAGAGCACGCCUUUGGAAGAGCCAGAGAACGAGCAAACUGAGGCCCCGAAAAGUGAAGAAAGUUCCGAGGACGAACAAAAGGAAUCCGAACCGGUUGAAGUGACGUCUGAAAAGGCAAGUGAACGUGAAGAAGGAGCACAACCAACAGAGGCAGCGGAGGCGGAGGCAGAGGGCGAAAGGCAGGAGCCGCAGUUCACGGCCCCAGCAGCUACGGAAUCUACUUCUGAAGAACAACAGACUUCCGAACGGGAACCGUCCAAUGGAGAGCUCGAGACCGACUUCAAGUUUCCAGCCUCUACAACCGAAGAAAAACCUCCUACCGAAUCUUCUAAAUCCCCAGCUCCCACCGAAUCAUCUACCACUGUCUCGGUGACUGAAACAACCGGGGAGAAAGACGACUGA